CCAGCCUCCGGAAGUUUUCUCCGGUAUUCGUUAAUAUUUAACGGCAAGCGGGUAAAAUGAUCGUUCUCUAAUUCAAAAGUUUCAUUUUAAUAUACAAGUGAAUCUCACUAAUUUGCUAACAUGUAUGGCAUGCUUUUAGAGAGUGUGCAACAUUUUGUUCAAUUGGAAUAUGGAGAGAGUGUCUGGGAAAAGGUUUUACAUGUAUCAGAAUGCAAAUACACCGUAUUCAAUACACAUCAAGUGUAUCCCGAUCAUAUUAUGUCCGACUUGGCGAAUGCUUUGGAACGAGUUACAGGCCAAUCGAGGGAUAAAUUUAUGAAUUUCUUUGGAAAAUGUUUCGUCAGGUUCUUCAGCAACUAUGGCUACGAUCAAACUAUUAAAGCCACAGGAAGACAUUUUACUGAUUUCCUGGAGAAUGUUGAUAAUAUCCAUUCGAGAAUGCGACAUUCCUAUCCAAAGAUGAAAAGUCCUUCUAUGUAUUUGACCGAUGUCGACGAAAGGGGUUGUAAUCUAGUAUACCGCAGUGGCAGACAAGGAUUUACACAUUAUCUAAUGGGACAGCUGGAUCAAAUCGCCACAGAAAUUUACAAUCUAAAGUUGGAUUCGACCGUCAUAAAAAAUGAAAAAGCCACAGUAAGUGGUAAAAACAUUGUUAUAGUUACGUUUCGCUUAAACUUUGACAACACUUCGUAUAUGGAAGCUAAGAAAGCGACCAAAGCGCAUUUGGAAACCAGACAACUACCGUCGUUCCCAUGUACCCUGCUCCUCCAGUUAUUUCCAUUCGCAGUUUUGUUUAAUCCGGAAAUGAUCAUCGAAGGAUACGGAGAAAAAUUACUGGAAGUAACUGGCGGUCAUAAAAUACUUUUGGGAGAACCUAUCACAAAAUAUUUUCGUUUGCGACGGCCAAAGGGCAUAUCGUUUUCAUGGAAAAAUGCGUUCUAUUUAAAGUCAGUCAUGUUCGAAAUCGAAGUUUUACGAGGAGAUAUUUUAAAAACUCAAGACGAUAUUAGUUUGAGCUUAGGGGACCCGGAAUCGAAACGGAAGAAGGCCAACGACAGAGAAAUUGAGAUUGACGGCAAAAGUAUUUCGCCAUACGCCUUGCGACGUGACAGUCUGCCCGGCCUCAAAAAUAUACUACUCAAAGGCGAAAUGAGAUAUCUCAGCGAUAUCAAUCGAAUUAUAUACCUUUGCAGUCCGAUAAUAAAUAAUAUGAGCGAACUCCCGGACCAGGGAAUGUACUUAAAUGAUUUAAACCCUCACGGUCUCGGGAAGGAGAUGGUUCUCACAGGCUGGCAACACAGUUCAAAAUUGGAAUUAAUGUUUGAUAAAGCGGAGCAACGGGCAACAGAGCUGGAGAACAACUACAGCCUCUUGGACGCUUGGAAAAGACGAGGAGAUGACCUACUUUAUUCUAUGAUACCGAAACCGGUAGCUGAUCGUUUAAGAAAUGGAGCAACCUCCGUAGAUACUUGUGAGUCCUUUGAGGCCGUUACUGUGAUGUUCUGCGAAUUAGUCGGAUGCAAUUCGAGCACUGUGGAGGAUGCAAUGGAAUUAGUGUCUACCAUGAAUGCCGUGUUUUCCUGCUUCGAUUCCCUAAUGGACAAGUUCAAAGUGUAUAAGGUUGAGACGGUGGGACAAAUUUACAUGGCAGUUUGCGGUGCACCUGAAAAAAACGACAAUCACGCCAGAAAUAUUUCAGACGUCUCACUGAAUAUGGUGGCACUCGUAAAACAACUGAAAAUACCAUCCGAAACAAAAGUUGACGUGCGGAUAGGAAUACAUUCCGGACCAGUAGUGGCAGGAGUCGUAGGCAUAAAAGUUCCUAGAUAUUGUUUUUUCGGUGACACUGUGAAUACGGCAUCGAGGAUGCAGUCCACAAGUUCGCCAGGCAUGGUACACAUAUCAGAAACAACAAAAAACAUGUUACCACCAGAUCGAUACGUAGUCAAGGACCGCGGAGCUGUAAAACUGAAAGGUAAAGGUGAAAUGGAGACUUACUGGAUAUUUUUUAAGGAAGAAGCCGAAUCUUCCACAAAAUCAAAACAAUAAUCGUAUUGUAUUUUUUUUAUUAUUAGAAAAGACGUAAAAUUAUGUAUUGAAAUAUAUUUAUGUAUUGUAUAAUAAAAAACAUUAUGAUCAAUA